UAAGGGGCGGGCCGGCGGCGGGGGUCUGCGGGGAUUAGUGCGGUGGGCGCGCCUCUGGCCGCCAUUUCUCGGCGUCUCCCCGGAGUCGCCCCCUCACGCCUCGCGUGGGUCUCUCCGUUCUCGUGGCCGUGGGUGGUCGCCGCCAGGUUGCUGAACCCGACCUGGCCUAGUGGAUUGUUUGUACAUAAGCGAGUUUGCAGGGUUUUCUCCUUCUUCAGUGACAAAAUGCUGAGCUUCUUCCGCAGAACGCUUGGCCGCCGGUCGAUGCGCAAACAGGCUGAAAAGGACCGGCUCCGCGAGGCCCAGCGCGCAGCCACGCACAUCCCUGCGGCCGGGGAUGCGAGGGCGGUCAUCACCUGCCGGGUGUCCCUCCUGGAUGGGACCGACGUCAGCGUGGACUUGCCGAAAAAAGCCAAAGGACAAGAGCUGUUUGAUCAGAUUAUGUACCACUUGGAUCUUAUUGAAAGUGAUUAUUUUGGACUGAGAUUUAUGGAUUCGGCACAAGUAGCACAUUGGUUGGAUGGCACAAAAAGCAUCAAAAAACAAGUAAAAAUUGGUUCACCCUAUUGUCUGCAUCUUCGAGUUAAGUUUUAUUCCUCAGAACCAAAUAAUCUUCGUGAAGAGCUAACCCGGUAUUUAUUUGUUCUUCAGUUAAAACAAGAUAUUCUCAGUGGAAAAUUAGAGUGUCCCUUUGACACAGCGGUUCAGUUGGCAGCUUAUAACUUGCAAGCUGAACUUGGUGACUACGACCUUGCUGAGCACAGCCCUGAACUUGUGUCUGAGUUCAGGUUUGUGCCCGUUCAGACGGAAGAGAUGGAGCUGGCUAUUUUUGAGAAAUGGAAGGAAUACAGAGGGCAGACACCAGCACAAGCUGAAACCAAUUAUCUGAAUAAAGCCAAGUGGCUGGAAAUGUAUGGGGUUGAUAUGCAUGUGGUCAAGGCCAGAGACGGGAAUGACUACAGCUUGGGACUGACCCCAACAGGAGUCCUUGUUUUUGAAGGAGAGACCAAAAUUGGCUUAUUUUUUUGGCCCAAGAUAACCAGAUUGGAUUUUAAGAAGAAUAAACUAACCUUGGUGGUUGUAGAAGAUGAUGAUCAGGGCAAAGAGCAGGAGCAUACAUUUGUCUUCAGACUGGAUCAUCCCAAAGCUUGCAAACAUUUAUGGAAAUGUGCUGUGGAGCAUCACGCCUUCUUCCGCCUCCGAGGCCCUGUCCAAAAGAGUUCUCACCGAUCAGGGUUUAUUCGAUUAGGAUCACGGUUUAGAUACAGUGGGAAAACUGAGUAUCAGACCACAAAAACCAAUAAAGCAAGAAGAUCAACAUCCUUUGAAAGAAGGCCCAGCAAACGAUAUUCUCGACGAACUCUGCAAGUGAAAGCAAGUACAGGAAAACCUGAAGAACUCAGUGUUCACAAUAAUGGCUCAGCUCAGAGUAAUGGCUCCCAACAGGCUUGGGGUGUGAGAUCCACUGUGCCUGUGAUUCCUUCCAUUCCCUCUGGUCCUGUGCUAGUGGAAGUUGAGAAUCGUCCAAGGAGUCCUGGAGACCAGCAUGACAAGAAAUGCUUGCCUCUGAAGAUUGAUUUGCUAGAUAGUCCAGACUUACUGGAAACAACCGUUGAUGAUGUAGUUGGGGUACCUGACACCAUGGACACAGCCCAAGCUCCAGGUGAAGUGAGCACAGCCAUCAGGCAGGCUGGAUUAGAGGGGCCUGAAGGUGCAUCCAGGACAUUAAAAGAUGCUUCAGAGAAGCUCAAACACCUUGAAAUGGAAAGCAGUCCUUUGCCAGCCCCUCAUCCCAACAGGGAUGUUAACAUCAGCAACCAGGAGGAAGUGGUGAAGUUAACUGAGAAAUGCCUGAAUAAUGCCAUUGACAGCCCAGCACUGAAUGUGAGGAGAGUUCCUCCUGACUUGAAGAGUAACAUUUUAAAGGCUCAAGUAGAAGCAGUGCAGAAGAUUACGAGAGAAGAUAGCUUAUUAAGUCAUAAAAAUGUCAGUAUUCAGGAUGCCGCCACAAACAGUGCUGAAUUAAAUGAGAACACUGUGCCUGUCCCUGGAGAUUCUCUUGCUCUGAUGCGAACCACACCUGCAGAAAAUGGGUCUGCUCUAAAGGAUGCUACAGAUGAAUUGGAUGCCUUGCUUUUAUCUUUAACUGAAAAUCUCAUUGACCACACAAACACACCUCAGAUAUCUUCAACAUCCACGAUCACACCCCGUUGGAUUGUGCCACAGAGCGUUGUCCUUCCUAACGGAUUCUCCCCGGUGGGGAAGGAGGGGCCUGGGAACAGAGAGGUGGGCUCCUUCAUCUCUCCCCCAGCGCCGUUCUUGGUGGAUGCUGUGACCAGCUCGGCUCCAGCCUCAGCUGGAGAAGUCGCCUUGAAGCAGAAGUGUUUGCUGACAACUGAGCUCUGAGGGGCUGCGCUUCUUGCCUGUGGCCCGAGGCCAGGCCCUGCAGCCGUCCUUCCUGGAGUCCAUGUCCGCUGGAGCUGCUUCUGCACUUGUGGGUAAAAAAGCUCACCUGGGUUAGACUUCAACUCCAUGAAAAAAACAGCUACAUUUCCGUCCAGCUGGAAGGGCAUAAUUACAUUACACAUUUGCCCAAGUCAGGGUGUAUGAUCUUUUACUUUCUCUAAUUUUAUUGAGAUUGUGACUUCUUGAAAUGGGGGUGGGAGUGGGGGGAAUUCCUCUCCCUGUGGUUUCCUCUGAGCCCAUGGCUCCACCUGGUGGUUGUGAGUGUUCAUUACGCCCCCAUGGGGGCCGUCCUUGGUGGUCAGUGGACUAGCUAUGGUGACUUCUUUCUCUGGUGAGUGUCCUUGAUCUGAAUGCCUGCUACAGAAAUUGUACCUUUCUGUGCAUUGCCUGGAAAUCAGGAACUUAGAUAGAUUAAUUAUUACUAAAGAGAACUUUUUAGAAUGCAGAGGCUUUUCAAAUACUUUUGACUGUUUCCUGGACUGACCAUCUUAAUACUCCAAGUUUACAUCAGGAUAAGAUAGACCUUGAGAAGAUCUACAGAGAAGUCAGUUGCCCAGCAUAUUUUUUCAGUCCAGCCUUCCCUCGGGAAGCAUACCUGCAUGGACCACACACGUUCUGUAACUUUUCAGUCUGGAAGGGGCGGGGGUGGUUGAAGAGACCUCCAGGCAUUCACACGUCUUCCUGGACCACGUGGGGCUGAAGGCCCUGGUAGACUCAGGGAGUGAAGGAGAGCACAGCAGUUUUUAGGUACCCAUUUGAACGUAGGCUCCAUUUCCUUUUAAUGUAAGCUGAAUAAAUUUAGAGUCAAUAUACUGAAGGAAAAAAAAUACCAGGAUAGAAAUAGAGAAUUGGGUUCAGGGGAUUCACGACUGAAACUAAAUGCAAGGUACUGAAAGAACCUUAGGGAUUUUGUGUUAGUUAAAAAGGGUUCUUUAGAAUUUCCUCAUUGUUUUUGGUCUGUACAAAAAAUUGUGGAUGUUAACAUAGUAUAUGCUCAUCAUAGAAAAUAGAAGUAUUUCAAUACCCAGAAAAGCAACAAUUUAGCUUUAAAACUUUGGAAUGUGUAAAGUAAACCUCAGUCGCUGUGGGGAAUGAGGGUGAUCUGGAAACCCUAUUGGUAAAGUUGUUAAUUCCUGUUAUCAAGGGCUGACGUUAAGCUAGACCUCCUGGAAUCUGGUUUUGGUUUUCUGCCCUGUGGUGUGUAUAUAAUUGAGUGUUGAUGUCUGCUGUUCACCAGAAAUGAACAUCCAGUUUUCAGAUCUCUAAAACUCUGUGGUUUGGACUGUCCUGGGUUCCCUGUAACAUAAUUGCACUCAGGCGAACACACUUGUGUCUGACUGGAGAGCCCAGGGGUUUUAAUCUUGUGCUGCUUCCCAGGGAGCCGUAGAUAUUGGAAACCACUUUUGCACAAAACAGUUUUGGCAAAGCAAGGAGAGUUGGCACUUCUUGUUGGCUGUCUCCCCUUAGCCGUUAUCCUAAGCUCGUGGAUUUAGUUGAGGGAGCUUGUGCUACUUCUUAAUUGUCAACAGAUUUUCUCACAGCUGUAAUGACACCUAAAACCAGGGACUUGACCCAGGACGUGCUGGACUGGGCAACUUGUUUUCAGCACACUGAUGGCCCUGCAGGUAGAAGGUUCAGCUUGUGCUUCUGGUCACAGAGCAGCUUUCUAAAUUUGGAAAUAGGUUGUUGAAAAUAUUCCAUAACCUUUGUGUCUUCUGGUACCAGUAUUCUUGUCAGUCAGAAUAUUGAUAGGGACUUUUCUUAAAAUGCAUUUUGUAUGUCAAGCUAAAAGGAAAUUCUGUCUCACGUCCUGACAGGAGUGGUAAAUGUGGAAAUGAAUACUUUAGUGAACUGGCCCUGGCAGAGCAGGUAGCUGCCAGGUAUACCUUUCCUUUCCUAUCUGCUGCAGGUGUUGUCCACAGGCGCCUGUCAUGCUCACCCUGUUCUGCUCAGCUGAGAAUGGGGCAGUGGGAGGGGGAGGAGGGAACAGCAGGUGUCGUCAGAGAAGGGUGCUGGCAGGGAGCUGGGUGUGCGGUGGCUCUGGACCAGGGAGCAGGUGGUUACCUUGGUGGGGAGGGGGGUCCCAUAGUGGCGGCCCUGCAGGCUGCUGGCCCUCGGGCACAGUCCCUGAUGACAGAAGAUCUUAGCAUCUUCCUGUCCAUCGGAACCAUCCAGUCAACUAUGUGCAGCUCUGGUCCUCGGAUGAGCUGAAACAGCCCAGUGGCUGUUCAAAUCAGCAGCUGGUGGGGUGGAAAGUUUUUCUGUGUCUAGAGAGGCUCCCGUGCAGCAGUACAGUAUACUAAGGAGAGUAUUGGCCGUGCUUAAUCCAGUCGGGAGGAACGAGCACGUGUUUGGAAAGAGCAGGAACAGCAGUGUGUUGGAGCCCUGUAGCAGCUCUGCAUCGGGAGGUGCUUAGAGGGGGUUUAUAGCUGAGCUCACAGACCCGUUUGGCAGAAAUGACAGAAGCCUGCCUGAGCCACAGGCUCGGCUCUGUGUCAUUUUCUUUCCAGGCUUUCCAGAACCAGCUUUCACUCUGGUAACUCGCUAGGAGCCAGGAUGAUGGAGUUGUGGCUGUGAGCAGGUUUAGGGGGGCUCAGAGGCAGGGUGCUGCUUUUGUCCUCUUGAUGUUGCCUCGUUGGUCUGUGAGGAUCUGUGCUUUCUGAUGGUUUGCCGAGGCACUUAGCGCUGAGCCCUGUGUCUGCCCUGGCUUUGGGGUGCUGGCCGGGGAAGGUCAGGGAGCGAGAGCUGGCAGGGAUUGGGGUGGGGUUUGGAAUCAGGUUGGUAGGUUUCAGUUUUGUCCCCUAGACUCCUGUUGAGAACUUGUGAAAUAAUGCAUGAAAUCCUGUUUCUUUGGGACCACACAAAGGUCACAGUGUUCCUUUUGUGGACACAGGAAGGGCUCAUUGUUCUUUCACUCCUGCCCUUCAGGAAACCCUGCUGAACAAAGGAAUGAUUAGAUGCCUUUGAUCUUGAUAAAUUCACCCUUAGCUGCUUUUCUACAAUGUUGAUGUUGUUUUAAGAAAAAAUCUUAUUAAAAAACAUGUCUAUAGUCUACUAAGCUUUUGUCUUUACCUGUACAGUCACACGUGUCCUGUGGACAGUUGAGGGUGGAGCCCAGGGUGGCCCCUGCAUCUUGACUGCUUGUUUUUCCCACGUCUCAGCUCUGGCCGCCCUGCCUCUGUCUCCUCUCAGACCAGCCCCAGGGGUACCACAGAAACCUCCUCGGGUAGAAUUAUCUGGCAGUCACUGACUUAGAGGAAAGGCUAUUUUGUUUUUCUCUAAGUCAGGCUCUCGAGAAGCCAAGUUCUCAGCUUCUCUUUGAGGGCAGGGUCAGCAGGCAGUUCUGUAAGGAGCAGAGGUGGUGAGGACCCCACUGCUGCCUGCGUGCCUGAGGUAUGGAUGGAGGUGAGUAGCCCAGCUCGGCUAUGGGCAGGGAGUCUUCCUGGAGGUUUCAGGUGUUCAGAUAGGUUUUGCAGGUGGUCUUUCCCCGGAAGCCCCAGUGUUUCUCAGUUGGCAUCCUCACUAACAUGUGGACCAGGCUCAGACCUGGGCCUCCAUCCCUGAGAGGCCGUGAGGUCUUCCUAGUUCUGACUCAUCUUGCCCUCAGCCUUUUGGUUGCUUGAAACCUGGAAUCUUCUAAUGCAUAACACAUAUUUCAGUAUUAUUCUUUUUUCCACUCACAAAUUUAAACACUAUGGUUCCUGAGUGAUCAGAAGACAGUUGGAAGCUUUUCCUACCUGUUAGCCUCCAGGGUGAGGAAGUUUGUUUGGAUUAUAGAAAUUUGCCCUGAGCCAAACUCUGCUGAGUUCACAGGUUGGCAGAGAUGUGGUUGUUUCUAGCUCUGAAAGGUGGGAUCCGCAAGUCACUUUAUCACAUUGGUGGAGAAGACAGUUCAAUCACCUUCUGGAGUUUCUCUUUGUUAGAGAAGCGUUUGGGCGCAGACCCCUGCUCUUUUUGUCUUCAUAUCUGGAUACGAUAGACAAUUACAAGGACCUCACUAACUAUUUUGAGUUUACUUUUUUGAUGUGUAAAGCUUUGCAGUAGCUUUUAAAGUGUAAUUUAUUUUUUUAUCAAGUGCACUAUUCUGCAACGUGUCCACAGUUUUAUAUGACUUGUACUAGAAGCACUGCAUUCCACUGUGAGUUGUUUGUACACUGAGAUGACAGCUGUAGAUGUGACCACAAAUAAAGCUUUUGUGAAACA